CACUGGGAGAAGUCUGCCCUUCUGCAGGACGAGCCGCUACGCAGAAUUCACCGUUCAUGACGGAGCCCUAACUCAAGAUGGCGGCUUGGAGGCUACGCUAGAAAGGAAAAGGAAUCGAGAGCCGAGGCUGACCACGUGACCACUCUCCCGCGCCUGGCUCCGAGUCUCAGUUUUAAGGAGCCACUGCUCAUAAAGGCGAAAGUGGGUGAGGAGCUGAGCGGGGAAUGGCAGCCGCAGUGCAUGACGGAUGCCAUCGCUCCGUCCUUCCAACCUUCGGCUAGGUCUGGUAUGUGGGACAUGAUAAAACUACGGGUUGCGAAAAGUCUCGCGGGAGCCGCCGCCCGCUACAUCAUGGCGCCGCAAGGAGCUGUCAAAAGGCUGCGGCCCGCGAAAAGUACCAACAGGGCCCCCGUCCAGCCUCCAGCUGCUGCGAGGGCUUUAAACUGACUGCACUGUUAGAGCGCACGCUGUGACUCCAUUUCCUCCCAGUCAGCCUCAGCCCGGGCUCCUUUCCCUGUCUUAAGGUUCUACGUCCUCCCACAGCUACGCGCGCGCGCGCGAGUACGCGCACGUUCUCCUGCGGAGGCGCGUGCUCAUCCGUUGGGCGCCAAAUUCUUUCUUCCCGCUGCCCGGGCUGUGUAAAAUGCUAUUUCUUAUUAUUUUAUAAUCAUUCACGUCGUCCGAAGAAGGUCACCCGCGUACCGUCCUCGGCAGCUUUGUCCUCUCCCAGGAUUGGGGCCCGUAUUUGUAGCUGUGGCCGUAGCGGUGAGAGACGAUUAACCCCCUCCCAGAGUAUGCAUAUACAGUAGAUGAUGUGGUUUGAGCCUCACUAGCUACUUACAGACACUGUCAUCCUCAAUUUACAAAUAAACUGAGCCUCAGAGAAAUGGUCACAGUGCUAGUGUCAGAAGUGGAAUUUAAAACUCUAUUCCAAGGCCAUUGUGCCUAGUACAUGAAGAUAGAUCGUGUAAUCCAUGAUCCAGCUUUUCCAGCUUUGAAAUUUUGCAGUUCUGACACCCCGAAAAAACCCAUUGACAUUCUAAGUAAAAGAGAGAGAACUUUGGAACAAAUUGUACUCCAUAUAAAAUUAGAGACUAAAAAAUGCAGUCACUCUCAAGCAUAUGCAAGAAGCUGGGAAGAUCAAGUAGGUUCUUUGUAGAACUAGCUCCUUCUGUGGGUUUCUCUACUUCAUGUUACUUUUGUAGCCAGAAGAAGAAAAAAAGCCCUUAUCAAGAAGUUGACCAAAACAAAUACUCCAAUUUAAUACGUUCUAUUGUAUCAACUAAAAUUAGUUCUCAGACACCAGAAUCAUUGUUUCAAGAAGAUGAUUUAUUAUAUGGACCUGUGAGUAAAUGUAAGGUCCAAGAGCAAGAAUCAGGACCAAUAGUUACACAAAAUACAGUUCUUCUCCUCAAUCCAGAAAAAAGAAAUGGAUCAAACACUCUAACUGAUUCCUCAGUUCCUUUGAAAAUACCAUUGCAGAAGAAUAAAAUGCCUAGUGUUACUCGAAUCCUUCAGCAAACCAUGACAGCAAAACAAAUCUUAACUCUGGAGAGGUGGAAACAGCGAAUGAUUCUGGAGCUGGGAGAGGAUGGCUUUGCAGAAUAUACUUCAGAUAUCUUUUUGCAAGGAAAACACUUCCAUGAAGCAUUAGAAGCCAUACUUUCAUCCCAAGAGCAAUUAAAGGAAUUAGACGAAAAAACUAUUAGCUCUGGCUACGUAGCAAGUGUCCAACAUGUCUUAAAAGAUAUAAGUGGAGUAAGAGCUCUAGAAAGUGCAGUUCAUCAUGAGACCCUUAAGUAUCUGGGCCUAAUGGACUGUGUAGCUGAAUAUCGGGGUAAGCUGUGUGUGAUCGAUUGGAAGACAUCAGAAAAACCAAAACCAUUUAUCCAGAACACAUUUGACAACCCUUUACAAGUGGUAGCGUAUGUCGGAGCCAUUAACCACGAUGCCAGCUAUAGCUUUGAGGUUCAAUGUGGUUUAAUUGUGGUGGCCUACAAAGAUGGAUCCCCUGCUCACACGCAUUUCAUGGACUCAGAGCUCUGUUCCCAGUACUGGCCCAAAUGGCUGCUUCGACUAGAAAAAUAUACAGAAAAGGCAAAGAACCAAACUACUCCGAAUCCAGACUAGGAUGUAGGAUACUGUUCAAGGCCAGUUUGCCCUUUCUCACAGUUUGGGGGAAAGGAUGCUUUCCGUAAUUUAGUGAGUCCAGGAUCUCAUUGAUGGGAGUACUCCCUCCAACUCAUUCACCCCUUUACUAACUAAUAAAAUCUAAAAGUGGUAAUGCUUAAAUGUUGGAUUUCUUUUUAAUGUUGAUAAUGGCUACCACAUUAUCACCAGCUAAGGUAUCAUUGAUUUUUAGUUGUGAAAACAUGGCUCUCCAGUCAGUUCACUGAAACUGAAAUAAAUGAAAAUCUAGAAGACUUUUUCAGUUGAAGAGCUAUCCAUCAAUACAAGAAAAAGCAGCUGUAUUACUUUGUCUUGUGUUAAUGUGGCAAUCAUUAUGUCCCUGAAAAGAAAGAAAAUAGAUUGAAUAAAGACCUUAGUUAAUCUUGGACUAUGUUGUAAAAUGUUUUAUGUCAUUUUCAUUUCGGGCAUUAAAGGACGACUGUAUUUUAAUGUACCCAAAAUGUAGGAUCUCAAGAAGUCUUUGUUGAUAGAAUUUAGUGAAUAAAGCCUAUGCCUAAGUAACGUUUGUAUUUUUCCAAACUACAAAUGACCACUAAUAAAACUUGUAAAUUGCG